AUGACGGAGACGAUGCCACAAGAGGCAGCUUCUGCCCUCGGAGGGGAAGCAGGAGCUCUAGGAUCUAUUUCUGGAGUCGGCGGGGAAGACGGCCUAGGCCUUUUCUCACGCCUGAAGGCACUGCAGAGACAGCUCGAAUUCCUCAAUGUGCAGGAGGAUUUCAUCUGCGACGAACAAAAAAACCUAAAGAGGGAGUACUAUAGGGCACGGGAUGAGCUGCGGCGGAUUCAGUCUGUGCCUCUAGUUAUUGGACAGUUUCUUGAGCUCUUGUCUGCCAAAGAGGCCAUUGUCUCGAGCACUGCGGGGAGCAGCUAUGUUGUUAGGGUUUUGUCGACAAUCAACAAGGAGCUGCUCAAGACGGGCAGCAGUGUUGCUCUCCAUCGCCACUCGCACUCCGUCGUUGACGUCCUACCGCCAGAGGCAGACUCCACGAUUCAAACGCUCAAGAUGCAGGAGAAGCCCGAUGUCACAUAUGCGGAUGUGGGUGGCCUCGAUAUUCAGAAGCAGGAAAUACGGGAAGCGGUAGAGCUGCCCCUCACAUGCCCCGAGCACUACCACCAAAUUGGUAUUGAGCCUCCCACGGGAGUGCUUCUCUAUGGCCCUCCAGGCACCGGGAAGACUAUGCUCGCCAAGGCAGUGGCGAACAACACGCAGGCAACCUUCAUUAGGGUCGUUGGAAGCGAGUUUGUGCAAAAGUACUUAGGAGAGGGUCCUCGGAUGGUCAGGGAUGUAUUCCGACUGGCUCGGGAGCACUCUCCCGCGAUCGUGUUUAUCGACGAAGUCGAUGCCAUUGCCACAAAGCGGUUUGAUGCGCAGACGGGUGCAGAUCGCGAGGUACAGCGUAUCUUGCUGGAGCUGCUCAAUCAAAUGGACGGCUUUGACCAAACUUCCACUGUGAAGGUGAUCAUGGCAACAAAUCGCGCAGACACCUUGGAUCCGGCACUGCUGCGGCCGGGUCGCUUGGACAGGAAGAUUGAGUUUCCUCUGCCAGAUAGGAGGCAGCGCCGCCUCAUCUUGCAGACAAUCACUGCCAAAAUGAACAUCUCGGAAGAAGUGGACCUCGAAGAUUUUGUUUCGCGUCCUGAAAAGGUCUCUGCCGCAGACAUCGCGGCGAUCUGCCAGGAAGCGGGCAUGCAGGCUGUUCGAAAGAAUAGAUACGUGGUGCUGACCAAGGAUUUUGAAAAGGGUUGGAAGGUACAUGUUCGCAAACACGAGAGAGACUUUGAAUUUUACUCCGUCUAG